AUGGCUGCGGUCACUGUGCCAGCUGGAGAAGUGGAUGGGGAGGGAAACAAGGAUUGUGAUGAUGUGGCAGCCUAUGCGCGUGCUAUGUACAGUGAGGCGUGUAGUAUACAGAAACUGUUGCAUGAGUGUACCGAGAAAACAAAGAUGUUGGAGAAAGAUGUGACUGGUUUUGUGCAGCGUGAUGUUGCUGAGGAUGAAGCACUUCAGAAAAUUAUGUUUGGUGUUUUGAAUGCAGAGAUGAGAGCGCUUCGGAAUGUCCGGUAUGUAGAGUUUUCUCAAUGCCAUACAGAAGGGGAGAAUGAGGGGCGUUCGGGACAAACGACAGGGUGUCUCUCCUUGAGCGCGAAAAAGACUCAGGUGUGCCCAACUGAUUGCUUUAGCCUAUUAUGUGAUGGGAAGCCAGAUGCUUUUUUAAACCUUAGAGAGUAUGGCGAUGUGUGCGAUGUACUUUUAGGGUGGCGCCCACCCAAAAAGGCAGCUCGAGUGCAAUUCGACUUGCUUUGUGAGUCCAUUCUUCGCAGCGUGCCGGAUCCUUUUUCUUGUGUGCUGUUUGUGAAUGGGUUUUUGUACACACCUUGGGGAGCGUCUGACUGUAGCGAUUUCACAGAGACGGAACUUGAUAUGAUGGUGGGUUACGAUGAAGGGACUAGGGCAGAGGAUAUUCUCGUGCGCUGGUUUGAUGCCGUUCUUAUGCGCUCUCUACUAAGUGAAGAUCGUUUGCAGUUACUCUGGAAUUCGGCUGGUGAGACAGAAGGGAAUGCACUUGGGUUACUGGGUGAUGGUUACGACACGUUGACAAUUGUUCAUCACACUCGUUUGCAGCGUUCCGCUGUUUUCCGUGGGUUUUUCUUCUCUGGGCAGCUGCGGGGGGUGGAAUCUAUUGGUGCACACGCCAACUUGCUGUCUUCCUUGUUUGGGCCCUAUGGGGCCAAUUCCCAACAGGAGAUGGAGAGACGUAUAGUUGAUGUGUUCGAAAGCUUGAAUGAACAGAUAGGAAAUUUUCUUUCUGUGUGCAAGAAUGUUGUGGUGUUGCUUGCUGUGCAAAUUGAUGGUACUGCGGUUACUUCUUCGAGCACAGGCGAUUCUUCAUUGCUGAGGUUUGUGGUGCUCGACAUUCGUCCUCUCUCGCCAAACCUUCCAUUCUCGUGGCAUUUCACGUGGGGUGAGGUGUGUGCGCUUGGACAGCUUGACACCACAAAUGAGACGGAACAACACGCGAUGCCUCUUCCUGUCUUCAAGACAGUACGUGUCGCUGUGGCUUCUCUGGACCCAUAUGAUGCUUAUUCUGACAAGAUGUUCCCCAUUAUUAAUGAGCGCAUUCAAGGGAUUCGGCGACGCUGCAAGAUUGCUGCGGCUCCCGUGAAAUCCAAUUCUGCUUCUGCUACCGCCCUUGUUGGGGCUGCUGUUGCAGCAACUGCCCUUGUAGUUGUUUUGGCCUUUGCGGGAAGGCCUCUCCUUGGAUCCCGCCACUCGUGGUUGAGUACUGUGGGAGGCGUGAUUUCACACCGAUGA